AUGGUAUCACACUCCGUUGCUACCUCAGGACCUGCCUCUCGUCAUGCUACUGUCAAAAAGACCCAACCGAACCUAAUCAGCAACAGUAUUGGUGGCAAUAACAGUGACGCCAAGGAUGAUGCCACUAAAGCCUUGACAGUCUUUACUUCUGGAUCAAGUGCCUUCCCUAAUGGCGCGUCGUCGUCCUCGUCGUGGACGGGGUCAUUCAAGUAUAGCAACCGCAGCCCCAAUACACUGUUGUCAAAUGCCCAUACAGCUAAUGAUUGGUCAUCGUCCUCGUUGUGGAUGCGAUCAAUCAAUUAUAACAAUCGCAAUUCCAACACACCACUAUCAAAUACCAAUACAGCUGAUGAUGCGGCGUCGUCCUCGUCGUGGAUGCAGUCAGUCAAUUAUAACAGCCGCAAUUCUAACCGAAUUCACAGAAAGUUUAUACGUGGUCCAGUAACUAGAUUGGAAACAAUAUGGGAAACAAUAUGGGAAUCUGAACCAUACUCUGUGCCCCAGGCAAAAGAUAAUGAGGCAACUGCAAAAUCGGAUUGA